GCUGGAGACUGACCAGAGGCAUCUGCAGAGAUCCCCUCCCCUGGUGCACUCUUGGCAAAAUCGGAGGAGCCGCUGGAGAAGAGUGAGGCACGUGGAGAUCCUCCAGCACCUUUUCUGGAUGGACAACGAUACUAUGAAAAGGGGUUGUACAAAGAAGCAUUAAAGCAAUUUGAAAAAAUCCAGGACACAGAUUUUCAAGCAAUGUAUCAGCUUGGUGUAAUGUAUUAUGAUGGACUUGGCACUAAAAAAGACCCUGGAAGGGGAGUGGGAUACAUGAAGAAAAUACUCAACUCUGAUUCCCCAGAAGCAAGUCACUUGAAGUUUGCAGCUGCAUACAGUCUUGGCAGGGCGUAUUAUGAAGGAUGUGGUGUUAAACAUUCAGCUGAAGAGGCUGAAAGGUUGUGGCUUACUGCUGCAGACAAUGGAAAUCCAAAAGCAAGUGUAAAGGCGCAGAGUACUUUAGGAAUGCUUUAUUCUAUGCCAAUUCUAAAAGAUAUGAAGAAGGCAUUUUUCUGGCAUUCAGAAGCACGUGAGAAUGGAAAUCUGGAAUCAAAGGGAGCACUUGGCAUUAUGUAUCUCUAUGGACAAGGUACACGUCGAAACAGAAAAGCUGCUUUGGAAUGUUUGAGAGAAGCAACAGAACUUGGAAAUAUCUAUGCUCAAGGCCAUCUUGUGGAAUAUUACUACACUAGGAAAUUUUACUCAAAAGCUGCUGCACUAGCCAAAAGGGCUACAGCCAAUGAGGACAUCAACACGCUAGCCAAGGUAACUGAUUGUCAUCCAACUUAUUUAGCCAAGGGGGCUGCUAUGGCUGCUUUCUACUUGGCUAGAUGCCUCCAGCUUGGCCGAGGCAUAGAGAAAAACCAGCAGGCUGCUAAGACGUACUAUUCUAAAGCAUGCUAUCUGGAUCCUGUUGUUGCUUCUCACCUUGAAUUGGCAGCUAAUCUUGGGAGAAUUUAGUGUUUCUUUUAACUGUGACUGGUAUAUAAAUAUAUUUCCUACAAUAAACCAUCAUUAAUCUCCAGCAAUUAUAGACUGUUCAUCACUUACUGCUUGCUUUUCAACUUUCUAGAAAUUAUUAUUUAACGCAAUUCACUGAUUCAUUUUAUCUAGAAGAGAAAGUAAAAAGUUCAUGUUCUCUUUAACUCAGAUAAGCUGAGACAGAUUUUUUUAAAAAUCAUAUUGAAGACUUAAAGGUUUAUUAAGGACAUUUCACUGGGACAGAUGUAUUUACUUUAUGUCAUAUUGCUACAUAGCACAUGAAUCAAAACAAAACCAAAGAAAGAUGUUUGUUUCCUUUUUGCAUUUAUAAUAUUUAAAUUUUAAUAUUCUGAAAAGCUUGAGCCCAUACUUGUCUCAUUUUCACACACAGCCCACUUACAGGCCAUGGCCAUUUUUAAAGCUUAAUUUGUUAGUGGUGCUUAUACUUUCUUCCACAUACUUUCUAAAGCAUUUAGAUUUACUUAGAAGUUUUCAUACAUAUUUCUUUUGGAUUGCAGAGACUCAAAGUUGGAAACUGUCCAGUAGAACCCCAAGCUUUACAAUUCAAACCAUACCAGCUUCCAAAACUAAUAAACACUACUUACAGAACUGUGGGAAAAAAGCCCCAACAUUAGUAUGGAAAUAUUGAAUACGCAUCCCCAAGACAAGGCCUGUUUUCCUCAAUUCUACAUAUUCCAUUCACACUGCCUCUGUAUUAGAAAUAGUUGAAAAUCUUUUGGCUAGGAGUAUUUAUGUCUGAGCAAUGUCAAGCUGGAUCUUUUAUGGAACAACAUUUUGAUUAACCACUAGGAAAACUUACUGAUUGUUGUGGUAAGCUUGCACAUUCCUAAAUGCCUGUUUACUUAUGAAGCUUUGUAAGUAUAAAAUUUGCCUUGCUUCUUAGUACUGUGCCACGACUUGAAAACUCUUCUGAAACUGUUAGAACAGAAGGGCAGAUGUUACUAAAAAUGUUGAUU